AUGUUGUCGAAGGUGAUUUUAACUUUUAAAAUAUUUUUUAGUUUUUUACAUUUUUUUAUAAUGUCUAAUAUCUGUUUACUUUGACGAACUACUCUAUAUUAUAAUAUUAUUUAUUUAAUUUUUAGACUUCGCACAAGUCGAAGAAUGAAACGGGUACUCCUGCAGCUUCAGGAACACGAGGAUCUUUGAGUUUUUUACAUAAAUUGAAUCCACACAAUAAAACUUCACCAACUUUGCCGGAAAAGUAAGAUCUUUGCUUUUUUUUUCUUGAUAUUUAGGUAACAAUUGGAGAGUAAAGAUUAUACUCGAUAAGAUUAUUAAAAUGCAUAUCAUUUUUUCUUAUUUUUUUCUUAACAGUUUUCACGGUGAUUCAUCUGAAUAUAACCCUUUAUGUUACUUUAGUUCAUUCGCUGUCCAAGUUGAGCAAAUUGACAAGAACACACCGGUAGAUUCAUUGAAGUUAACACCUGAAUUAAAGCCAACAGCUAUUGCUGAUGUCCAAACACCUGCAGACGAGGUUUGGUUCGAACCUCAUACAGAUCCGAACAGAACUCAUCUUCGGCCAGGUAGUAUAAUAUCAGAAGGUCCAUCGCCAUUGGAAAGACGGGCAAAUGAGCGAGAAGCUGUUCAAAUAGCAUUGGAAAAGCAUCUUGAAGAUUUUAGAGGCGGAAGAAUGAGGGCUUGUAAGUUAUAUUGAUUUAGUUUUAUUGUUUUAGAUUGGACUAAAUUGAGGUAUGUUAGGUUUUUUGCUUGAAAUUCGAUGUUUAAAGGUAUGGUUGUCAGUGAUUAUUCUUUGUUAUGAUAAAGAAUGUGAUUUUAAAGGUUCUUUUCAGUGAACGACGUACAAGUUAAUAAAAUGCAAGCAAUGCACGAAAGCCAAUUGAAAUUAACAGCCUUAAGGCAAGCUUUGACUGAAAUAGACGAUCCAUUACAAGACUUGGACAUGGAUGAACAGUAUGCUGAGAUAGGAAAGUGUUUGGAUGAGCUACAUCAACAAAUAGUUAGUUUUGGAGAAGUUAAUUCAGGUAUGUUAUUGCUGUUUUAUUUAUUUUAAUGUUGGUACAAAGCGGUUUUCUUAACUUGAUAUAGGAGUUUAAACACUAUUUUUGGCUCAUGUUUAUAAUAUUUAGGUGAAGACUAG